CUGCCCCUGGUUUCGCCCCAUCUCCGCCCCAUCGGAGAAAAAGAGCAAAAAAAGUUGGAACACGGGGCAGAGACACGGAAAUGGCGACUGCCGCUGCGGAUGUUGGCCGACUAGCCCGACGGCGGUGACCAAGUGCUUGCAUCGCCUGUCUUGCAUCGGUCAUGGCAAGCAAGAUUCGGACGCUCAACUCUCCUCGCACAAGCAAGCGCCUGAGUCGAUAGCUGCGAGUUCCCUCCCCGGCUCACCGUUUCUCUUCUGUCUCACGCCUGUGCGGCUGCCCUUCCGUACCGGUGACCUAGACACCCGACAACCAAUCCACGCAGACACCUCCCUUGGAGGCUACAAACGAACGGAUCCCCAGAGAUUCCCUCUGCGCCUGACUGAGGCCUGGGUUCUACAAAUACCAUUCUCCCGUCCAGAGACGAAUGCAUAGCGCGUUCCGAGUUUUCCAGUCAUUUCGAGUGUCCAAAGGGGGGUUAUACGGUCGGUCGUCCGUAUCUGUAAACGGAACAAAAAGGUCUAGGGGCCUGCGGCAGUCCGGAAAGGGUCUCCUCGAUUGUUUUCGUCAUGUCGUCUUCUUCUAUUGAGGACGGCGCCGCCCCUGCUGACACGAGCAGCGGGCUCUCCCGUCCUUAUCCCAUCAGAUACAUCAGUCCAGCAGCGCUAAACCUUCACCGUGUCUACGAGCAGAACCGCCAACGAUUGCAAAAGAAAGAUGGCGCUAAGGUGCCCGAUCCCACAGCACCCCAGACCAAGGGGAAACCGCGGUUGUUGUUGAUGGGCCAAAGAAGAAGCGGCAAGUCGUCGAUAUCGAGUGUGGUGUUUCACAAGUUGCCUCCCAGCGAGACGCUCUUCCUCGAGUCGACCGCUCGGAUCCAGAAGGAUAGUCUCAAUUCCUUUAUGGAGUUCCAAGUAUGGGACUUUCCGGGGCAGAUCGACAUCUUUGACAACCCCAACUUCACGUUCGACAUGGACGCCAUCUUUGGCGAGAUUGGCGCCCUGAUAUGGGUGAUUGACGCCCAGGACGACUAUCUCGAGGCCGUCGCCCGGCUCAACGCCACCAUCAUCCACCUCCACCGCAGUUACCCGCACAUCAACAUCGAGGUCUUCAUCCACAAGGUAGACGGCCUGAGCGACGACUACCGGCUCGACAUCCAGCGCGACGUGACCAUCCGGAUCCAGGACGAGCUGUCGGACCAGGGCAUCGAGAACGCGCCGGUCAACUUCCACCUGACAUCCAUCUACAAUCACAGCAUCUUUGAAGCGUUCAGCAAGGUGAUCCAGAAGCUGAUUCCGCGCCUCGGCCAGCUCGAGGCCAUGUUGACCAACCUCUGCCGCACGUGCCACUUUGAGAAGGCCUACCUCUUUGACGUCAACACCAAGAUCUACAUUGCCACGGACAAUACGCCCGAGGACAUGGCCAGCUACGAGAUCUGCUCCGACUAUGUCGACGUCAUCAUCGACUUUACCGAGGUCUACGGCUCGUGGCCCCGGUCGGAGCAGUGGCGUGCACGCCUGGAGGGCGAGCCCUGGAGCCAGCCGCUAGAGGACCAGGUCGCGUGCGAGUGGGCCGAGAGCGGCAUGGUCCUUGCCGAGGCGCGCCGCCCCAUCAUGCUGCGCGAGGUCGACCGCUUCCUGGCGCUGGUGGCCAUCAUGAAGGAGGGAUCGUACGAGAAGAUGCCCCAGAUCAACAUGAACGUCGACGUGGUCGUCAGGGGCCUGACCGAGUUCUUUGAGAUUACAAAGUCGAAGGAGGUUUCCGCCGGGGCGCGGGGGCUGUCGAGCCCUGCGUUGGGUUGACUAUUAUCUGAUGCGUUCAAGUAUUAGAAGAGAAUUGGGGGUAGGCAAGGGUGAGCGGCGGAACCGGAAAACAGAAAGGAGAGAAAGGAGGAUCUCUAGGCGACAAAAAGUAUCUCGAAUAGAGGUUGUCAUUGAAAACGGGUCACUAACAAGCUAACACUUCCUUUCCUAAAUACGACACGGUCCAGGAUGAACCGAGACCUGGGGCUGAUGGUGAUUGAGGUGGGGGGGAAAGGGACUCUAGCGCCACGGGUAAUAGGGAUUAGACGGAUUACACCUCCUCCAGGAUAAAUAAUCCUAGUG